AUGUUAUCCUGCAGGCCCAGGGGAAGCCAAGCCACACGAGGGAGGCGUCCAGGAGCCUCGGCGCAGAACGGGUACCGCCGGCCGGCGUCCCCCACCCACCGGGCAGGGCUAGUCACCGGCCACACAAAGGAGCCAGCCGCGGCCCCUGGACACGAUGACUCGCCCCGGGGCUGGACGCCACAUGUGAUCCCUGCACGACCUGAGGACUCGACCCGCCGGAAAAUUAGGAUUAAUACCCAAACCUGUUGCACUUUCGGGUCCCUUUCACCCAGAAAUGAACGAGGGCGCUCAGGAGGGGAGACGCGAGCGGCCCGGACUCUAAGGGCUGAGGCCGGGGCCCGGCAGGCAACGCGGAAAAAGGGGGCUGUCCGCGGGGCUCCCACCUCGGGCGCUUUGUCUGCGGCGGCGGGGUGGGGGCGACCGGGUGGGAGCGCUCCUCCCUCGGCGGCGCGGCCCCGCCGCCCCACGGCCCGCACCGGGGAAGAAAGCCAGGCCCGCUGCCGCCUCCCCCCGCUCACGUUCGCCACCCGACCUCGCGGCCUGCGCUCUCCUACCGCCGCACGACCCGGCCACCCGGCCGCCACGCUCACCUGGCUGGUGCCGGCGCUAGCGGCCAGCGGCUCCGGGGCGCUGGGGACGACGCGGGGACACGAGCGAAGCGCGGGCGGACGCGGAGGGCGAGGCGGGAGGAAGGCGGGCUGGGGGCGGAGCGGACCCGGGCGGCGGCGGCGGCUCCAGUCGCUCACUGCUAAUCGCGUCUCGGCCCCUCGGUGCGUCAGGCUGUGGGCGACGGCGCGGAUAGCGCAGGCGGCCGGGCGACCUCCAGGCACCACGGGCGAACCCGCAUCCACGCGACCCAGCGCACGCCCAGGUGGCGACGGCGCAGCGGCCCCGCCCGGCGCGGGCAGAGGGUGGAGCAGGGAAUCCCAGCGGGUGCCGGGGACUGGGGGUUGGGCGUGCAGGGGGCCUUCGAAUCACCCCGGCCGAUCCUGCGGUCCCCACCGCUCGCCGCGCUCCGCCCUCUCGAGCCCGGGAGGCAAUGUGGGUCCUGAAGUCAGGAAAUCUGGGCUUAAGGCCCCCCUACUUGACAUCUCUUUUCUCUGUCAAAUUCUAGUAUUCCCAUUCUUGGUUUGCUGGGAUUCUUCCGCCCACAAGUACGCGCUGCCAGGAGAGGGUAAGAGUUCAAAGAGUCAUCGACUAACACCCACACGCUCACAGCCAUGUGGACCCAAUCUGCGGCCUUUCCGUGUUACUCACUCUGCCACUCACUUCAGUAUCACCGUUGACAAAGUCUCGCCAUGCCAGCAUCUAGGCAAACAAAUCUCUAAUAAAAUUCUCUGAUUUAAA